AUAAUACAUAAUGAGCUUCCAACACACAGCCAUCAUCUCCCUCGUAUCUAUCUAUCUUCUAUGUUUGAAGAACCCAAAGCAUACCAUAUCUUGCCGCGGAUCUUCUACACGCUUCCCGAGGGAUCUAAAUCUUCAGACAGAAAGAGAGACAGAGAGAGAGAGAGAGGCUGAGAGAGAGAGAGAAAUGUCGUCUACGUCCCAGCUAGCGUUGCUAAACAACCACCACCACCAUCACAGCCUGGGCCUGCAGUUUGCAGAUCACGGCCAGGAUCAAGAACAAAUCUGUUCAACCAUGGCCACCUUCUUCUCCAGCUUCCCCUCAGCUCACACUAAUAGCAGUAAUAUCUCCGCGGCUUUGCUAUCAUCGGUCCCUCCCGCUGAUCUCUCAUCCUCCUCCUCUUCGUCGGUCACCGCCGAAAUCCUACUCUCGUCCUCCACCCCGGCCGCUCCUCUUCGCGAAACCCCGAUGAAUGUCAUGAUGGGGCCCCCGCACGUCCUCUCCUUGCACCCCAACAGAACACCAUCCUCGGCUUCUGCUAACAAUCUCUGGGCUUGGGGCGAGCUGAAUCAGAGCUUGAUGAGCAACAAGCUGAUGAGAAGCAGUGAUAUUGUCGUGGGAGACGGUGAUUAUCACCAGCAGCAGCGCCACGGCAGCAACAAUAGCUUAUUGGGGAUAUCGGCAAUGAAGAUGAAGAAGAUAAAAUCGAGGAGGAAGGUGAGGGAGCCCCGGUUUUGCUUCAAGACCCUCAGCGAAGUCGAUGUAUUGGACGAUGGCUACAAGUGGAGGAAGUACGGGCAGAAAGUCGUCAAGAACACCCAGCACCCAAGGAGCUACUAUCGGUGCACGCAGGACAACUGCAGAGUGAAGAAGAGGGUGGAGAGACUGGCUGAAGAUCCAAGGAUGGUCAUCACAACCUACGAAGGCCGCCACGCGCACUCGCCGUCCCACGACACCGAAGAAUCACAGGCCGCCUCAAAUGCGCAGCUCAACAGUGACUUUUUUUGGUAGAUAUGAUUACCAAAAUUAACUAUAUACAAUGUAGUCAUGUACAACUCAUAAACUGCACUGAUCGGAUACGUACUCGGCUUAUGUUUUUGUAGCGCUGUUCAUCCUUUUAUUGAUCGUGUAUACUUCGGGUAAACAAACUCAAAUAAUUGGUUGUGUAGUUGUGUACUAAUGUCGAUAUAGAGGCUAAUGUUUUUGGACUGUUAGCCCUCAACAGAGAUUGUUGCUUGUCAUAUAUAUGUGCAAGACGAAGCUUGAGCCA